UGCAAAAGUGUACUUUCUCCCAAAGUGAUGUUUGUUUAUGUUCCAUGAAAGUGAGUCCAGCAUGUGAGCCUCACAACAUCCCAUGAUGCUUUGUGGCGGGGGACAGACGUGUUUGUGCCGCUGGUUCCUGGCUUCCACGCUCACCUUGUUGGUCCUCAGCAGUGGAGCUGAUGUCCCAGCAUCCAGCCAUGAGGGUCCAGGAUCCAGCCAUGAGGGUCCAGGAUCCAGCCAUGAGGGUCCAGCAUCCAGCCAUGAGGGUCCAUCAUCCAUGCACGAGGGUCUAGGAUCCAGCCAUGAGGGUCCAGGAUCCAGCCAUGAGGGUCCAGGAUCCAGCCAUGAGGGUCCAGGGGUCCGUGAGGUUCGCUCGGUGGGCAAAGGGGUGCUCAUUCAGCCGGUGGACUGUGUCCUGUCCCAGUGGAGUCCAUGGUCACAGUGUGACGUCUGUCAGAAGAAAAGGUAUCGCUUUGCCAAAGUGGAGCAGCCGGCACAGUUUGGGGGGCAGCCAUGUGGUCUUCACGGGAGGGAGGAGGAGCCCUGCCAGGUUCCAGCCAGGUACACCUGCGACAACAUUCCUGAGUGUGAAGGUUUCUUCUGCAGCCACACAGGUCGCUGUAUCCCUAGAACACUGCAGUGUAACGGGGAGGACGACUGCGGCGACAUGGCGGACGAGGCGGGCUGCAGCAUGCGGCAAACGCCCUGCAGACACCAGGCGGAGGAGUACUGGGGCAUCGAGAACCUUGCCAAAGGAAUCAACAUCUUGGACAGCCAGCUGCAAGGAGUCGUGUUGGACAACCGCUACUACGCAGGAAGUUGUCUACCGCACUACAUCCAGGACGUGGCCUUCAGGAAGCCUCACAACCUGCAACACUACACCAUGCAGACAAAAGGCUCCUUGGACUUCAACCUGGAGGAGUUCCAGUCCUACUCGGACUACAUGGACCACACCGUCCGGGAGAGGAUGAGCCAGACCACCGUGUCCUCUGGUUUUGCCAUCCCGGGUGUUGUGGAGUUCGGCUACAACCACAGCAAGGCCAAGUACAGCAAGUGGGUCCAGAAGAUCCGCCGUGCUUCAGGCAAGACCCACAGCUUCAUCAGGGCCAAAGCAGAGCUGGAGCUGGCCCAGUACAUGGUCAAGUCGGACAACCUGAUGCUGCACCCGGACUUCCUGCAGCGCCUGAGAUCCUUGCCCCAGUCCUACGUGUACGGCCAGUACAGGCAGGUCUACAGAGACUACGGGACGCACUACAUCACGGAAGCUGCCCUGGGAGGGGACUAUGAGUACACCGUGGUCCUGGACAAGGAGAAGCUGAAGAAGACGGACUACACCCUGAGCGACUACAAGAAGUGUGUCCAGUCGGGCUUUAAGGUGGGCGCCAACAUCUACGGCGUCUACGUGUCUGCGGGCUACCAAGGUGGUUCCUGCAAUGGCCUCCUCAACGAGAUGGGAGAGGACACCACCCUGGGCAGCAUGGUGGAGGACACCGUGUCCCUGGUGAGGGGCGGUACUAGCCAGGCCAUCACUGCCCUGGUCGCCCACAGACUGCCCAGUCCUCAGCUCAUGAGGCUCUGGGGGGAGGGGGUGCGCUUCAACCCUGACUUCCUUCGCACAACCACGCGACCUCUGUCCGAGCUGGUGACCUCCAGAGACUUCACCUGGGACCAGGUGUUGAAGAGGAACCUGAAGCGAGCCUUGCUGGAGUACCUGGAAGAGGUCAGCCCCUGUCGCUGUGCGCCGUGUCACAACAAUGGUGUGGCCGUCCUGCGAGGCGGCAGAUGUGACUGUGUGUGUCCUGUCGGCUACAGCGGCCUGGCCUGUGAGGUCACUGGCAGACAGACAGAAAUGGCCCGGGAUGGCAACUGGAGCUGCUGGGGUUCCUGGUCUUCCUGCAUUGGAAGAAGCAAGACCAGGAUUCGGCAGUGUACCAACCCGGCACCAGAACGGGGGGGCCUGCCUUGCCGAGGUGUGCAGCAGGAGUCAACAGAGUGUUUCUGAACAAGUCCUGGUCCACCUGGCUCAAAGUCUAUUAAACGUCCUUCCAUUAAAA